CACUCACGGAAGUUGUGUGCAGCCGGACGGGCAACGCGGGGAAACAGGCGCGCUAGGCGGCAGGAGUUACUUCUGGCCCCGUUGGUGUUCUGGAUUGAGGUAUCGCGGGGAAGGGAAGAUGGAGACAAUUCUGGAACAGCAGCGGCGAUAUCAUGAGGAGAAGGAACGGCUCAUGGACGUCAUGGCGAAGGAGAUGCUUACUAAGAAGUCCACACUACGGGACCAAAUCAAUUCUGACCACCGUACACGGGCCAUGGAAGAUAGGUACAUGGAGGUCAGUGGGAACCUGAAGGAUUUGUAUGAUGAUAAGGAUGGAUUACGAAAGGAGGAGCUCAAUGCCAUUUCAGGACCCAAUGAGUUUGCUGAAUUCUAUAAUAGACUCAAGCAAAUAAAGGAAUUCCACCGGAAGCACCCAAAUGAGAUUUGUGUGCCAAUGUCAGUGGAAUUUGAGGAGCUCCUGAAGGCUCGAGAGAAUCCAAGUGAAGAGGCACAGAACUUGGUGGAGUUCACAGAUGAAGAGGGAUAUGGUCGUUACCUUGAUCUCCAUGACUGUUACCUCAAAUACAUUAAUCUGAAGGCAUCUGAGAAGCUGGAUUAUAUUACAUACCUAUCUAUCUUUGACCAAUUAUUUGACAUUCCUAAAGAAAGGAAGAAUGCAGAAUAUAAGAGAUACCUAGAAAUGCUGCUUGAGUACCUUCAGGAUUACACUGAUAGGGUGAAGCCCCUCCAAGAUCAGAAUGAACUUUUUGGAAAGAUUCAAACUGAGUUUGAGAAGAAGUGGGAGAAUGGUACCUUUCCUGGAUGGCCGAAAGAGACAAGCAGUGCCCUGACCCAUGCUGGAGCCCAUCUUGACCUCUCUGCUUUCUCCUCCUGGGAGGAGUUGGCCUCCCUGGGUCUGGACAGAUUGAAAUCUGCACUCUUAGCCUUAGGCCUAAAAUGCGGAGGGACCCUAGAAGAGCGAGCCCAGAGACUAUUUAGCACCAAAGGGAAAUCCCUGGAGUCACUUGACACCUCCCUGUUUGCCAAAAAUCCCAAGUCAAAGGGCACCAAGCGAGACACUGAGAGGAACAAAGACAUAGCUUUCCUAGAAGCCCAGAUCUAUGAAUAUGUAGAGAUUCUCGGGGAACAGCGACAUCUCACUCAUGAAAAUGUGCAACGCAAGCAGGCAAGGACAGGAGAAGAGCGAGAAGAGGAGGAGGAAGAGCAAAUCAGUGAGAGUGAAAGUGAAGAUGAAGAGAAUGAGAUCAUCUACAACCCCAAAAACCUGCCCCUUGGCUGGGAUGGCAAACCCAUUCCCUACUGGCUGUAUAAGCUUCAUGGCCUAAAUAUCAACUACAACUGUGAGAUUUGUGGAAACUACACCUACCGAGGGCCUAAGGCCUUCCAGCGGCACUUUGCUGAAUGGCGUCAUGCACAUGGCAUGAGGUGUUUGGGCAUCCCAAAUACUGCCCACUUUGCUAAUGUGACACAGAUUGAAGAUGCUGUCUCCUUGUGGGCCAAACUGAAACUGCAGAAGGCUUCAGAGCGAUGGCAGCCCGACACUGAGAGAUUUCUAGGAUAUAAUCUAGCAACUCCCCCCAAGUUCUACAGUGUUGGGCAACUGGUUCCCUUCCUCUUAGAGCGCAGACGGUCCGCCUGCACCCCUACCUUCACCCGAGGGGAUGCAGCCCGCUGGCCUCAGUGUGCUCAUCAGCCCGCGCGCACAAAACUGCCUCCGCCAGUCAGGCCGCGGCGAGCUGGACCGCGGGCCGCCGAGGGGGCCAGUGGGGCCCGGGAGUCGGACGCCGGAUGUUCCCGUGGCGCGUGCAGCUGCAUCCUUGCCUUUUUUGGCAAAAAACUUGCGGCCAAGAGAACGGAUCCCGGGCCGCCCCCGCUAAUCCCUGGGAAGAGGAGGAAGCGGGCCAAGGGUCUGAGCCCAGACUAUGGAUCGGGACGGAGUGCCCAACGGGAUUUAAGAAAGGCUGUCUUUCGAGGGGGCGACUUGUAUCGGAGGGAACCCCCACCCCUGCUGCAGCUCAGCGUCCGGAACCCCCGCCUCCGUCUUCCCCAAAAGGAGGAAAAAACUUACGCCAGCAGCAGGGAGGCCGGCUAA